AAAAAGAAACAAUAGAUAUUUUUCAGUCAAAUCGCGCUCUUUCCUUCAUCGCAACGUGCGAAUUCAAAUGAGUCAACUUCGCGAUAUAUAUUAGUGCAUUUUUGCAGCACUUUUACCUGUAGGGUAAAUUGUGCUGGCUGACCACGGUCACCAUGGUAACGCGAUCACAACAGAAAUGAUCCAGUUGUUCUUGCUAUCCAUAGUACGUACAACAUAACGUGAAAAAUGAGUGAAGACAUUAAAUUCAUCACUACCGAACUGAACAAAGUUUUGAAUAGAAAGUACAAUUUGAUUUCCUUCGACGCUCUGACCUCUCAGGAUCUAUUGCAGGUUCUAAGCGACGUUUUGGCGGAUAUUCAGCAAGAUGGGCCGCCGCAUGAUAUCAGAAUUGAAACACCUGAGCAGAGUUCUAUCCGCAUCUUUUCAGCGCUCAGAAUUCUAAAAUAUCAACCCCAGGGUGAUCCUACAUUGUUUAGGCAAGAAUUGGUGAAAGGCGAGCCACAAGCUAUUCACGCAGUCCUAAAAUGGUUGUUGUCAAACAUGGAUAUUGUGAGACAAAGAGCGUACCUUGCUCGGUUUCUUGUAAAGGUGGAGAUACCUGCAGAGUACAUGGGUGAUCCUGAAUUAACAGGAUUGUAUGAGCAGUAUGGGAGAUUGGUCGAAGAGUUCAAAGUAAUUCACAAAGAGCGGGAAUCUGGCAAAAAGGGUGGAGAAGCUGCUGCGGAGCUGAAGACAGACCUAGAAGCAAUGGAGAAAGAGCGAGAGGUGAUACUUGGUAGAGUUGAGAAGAUGCGGGUGAGAGCAGAGAGUGCGCCGCAGCUCCUCCAAGUUGCAAGGAAGCUGAGAGUUGAAAGGGACAGGGAGCGCGAAUUGGCAUUGCAAAAACAGCAACAGCAAGAAUCGAUCGCCACGUUACAGUCUUCCCUACAAAGGGCUGAACGCGAGCUGUACAAUUUGAAGGAAGCUGGGGUAACACUCACCCCUGCAAAAUUAAUACAACGCUUGUCCGAAGAAGUAACUGUGCAAAUGGUUAUGACAAGAGAAAGAUUGCCUGCAGAAAUAGCUGAUAAGAAAGCUCAUGUUAAUGCACUGAAGUUGGUCACCAGGUCUCCACAAUUGGGACCUGACGAUAUACUUGCAUUCAGAAAUCGGUUGGACGUUGCUGCGCGGGAAGUACAAACUUUAGCUGAAAAAAAGGCUACCGCAGGCACAGAUAAGAUGGCACCAUUCAGGCAACAGGCAGCAGCUGUUGCUGGAAUGAAGCGAACUAUAUUAGACAAGCUUAAAAGAUCAGAAGAGACCCUAGAAGAGUUGAGUGUUCGUGUGACCGAGAAAAGGGAGGAAGCACGGCAACUGGCCGAGGAGCCGACACCCAGGGGCGAAGAUUUAAAACGGUACGUUGCUCAUCUCAGAGCUAGGAGUGCUCUUUACAAACAGCGGAGAGCAGAACUGGCUGGUCUCAGAGCAGAAAGUGGGGUGCUCAAUCGCAGUCUACGUAUUUUAGAGACAAAGCUAAGUCACGUCAAGUCUGAUGUCAACUCAGCAACGACCAAAGCAGCAAAGACUUUACCAGAUGGAUUCACAGCCGAAAAUGCUACUACCGCUAAUGCAGAAUUAGCAGGGCACAUUUCCGAAUUGAGGGCACAGCUUGUAAUACUUCUCAAUGGUACGUCAUACAGUCGUCAACAAUCCGCCGUCAAUGUUGAUAAUUUAUGUUUCUUAAAAAUUUGUUCUGCAGAAUUAAGACCACUCAGGCAGAGAGCUCAGGAGUUGGAUGAGCAACAUAGCAGAGCAGAGAAGAGUCAUCGUUCAAUAGAAGCCAACUUCGAAAAUUCUAUUGCUACGUUAUCCACAGAAUUGAAUUUUUUACGCAGUAGAAUAGAAGCCGAAGUAGCAGAGGCUAAGCAGCUACGUACAGAUGUCUCAAAAUUGAAGAUAGAUCAAGAGAAGAUUCAACAUGAAAUGAGACGCUACGCGAGUCCUGGCGGUGGACCGACUUUGAGAGAUGAACUAAACGAAGCUAUUCAGACAGAAGAGAAAAAACUUAGCAUUGCUAAGAACGAAGAAGAAACGAUCAAGCAGCAGACUAUUACUAGCGAAGCUCAGAUGCGUCUAUGGAAUGACUUGAUAUCAAUUUAUGAGUGCAAGCUGCAAUGCGCUGAAGAUAACAAACGAAGAGACGGUGUCGUGGUGCGAGGACAGGGCGCUGAGACUCUUAUUUUGCAGUGAUAAAACUGGAUGAUCUAUUCGGUAAUUAAAUCAGCCAUUUCAAACCA